CACUGGUUGGGAAGCAGGGAGAAUGGUUUGUGGGGUCGAUGCUGACACGGGGCAGUGGCGAGGCGAGGUGAGGCUGGGCUCCCCCUCCCGGGCCGUGCGUCGGCCUCUUUAAGGAGAUCCGCUGGCCUGACGCCAGGGCUUGACAGCUGGCGUGCUCCUGCUUCUGGCUCCGAUCCGAUCUGAUCGCAGCCGCUCCGGGCGGCUGUGGGAGAAGAGGCGGCGGCGGCGGCCCGAGGGAGCGUGGAGCCGAGGCACGGGAGUUUUCCUGGUUGUGGAAAAGUCCUCGGACUCGACAGAGUGACCGUGCUGGGGGCUGGAGGGAGGUUUCACUGCCGAGUUUGCUGCACCCAAGAAGGAUGGCCACCCUCAGGAAAACCAGCCUGGCGUUGUGGACUCUCUGUUCUCUCUGCACAUCCCUCCAAGGAGUGGAGGUCGUGCCAUGUAUCCCUGGCUGUAACCUGGCACAUGGGCACUGUGAGGAGCCUGGUAUUUGCAGAUGCGACCCUGGAUGGGACGGGGAGCUGUGUGAACAGUGUGUCCGAUCUCCAGGCUGUGUUCACGGAACCUGCCACCAGCCCUGGCAGUGCAACUGCGAGAGUGGUUGGACUGGAAGAUUCUGUGACAAAGAUAUUCACCUGUGCAGCCACCAGACUCCCUGUGAGAACGCUGGCCAAUGUUUCGAUGAUGGGAACGGUGAUUACUGGUGUACCUGCCCUGAAGGGUUCUUUGGGAAAAACUGUGAGCUGCAGGCUGGUCCCUGCACCAAAGCUCGGUCUCCGUGCAGGAAUGGUGGAAUGUGCUGGGAUGCAAAUGGAUUUGCCGCCACCCUUGUGUGCCGAUGCCUGGCAGGAUUUGUGGGCUCUCGUUGUGAGACGGAUGUUGAUGACUGCCUGAUGCGACCGUGUGCCAAUGGGGCCACGUGCCAUGACGCGGUCAACCGCUUCAACUGCCAGUGCCCCGCUGGCUUUGAAGGGCGCUUCUGCACUGUCAACCAGGACGACUGUGCCAGCCAGCCCUGCCAGAAUGGUGGCAGGUGUUAUGAUCGCGUUGCCGACUUCGACUGUGUUUGCUCUGAGGGCUAUUCUGGAAAAACCUGCUCCGAUUCCACACGGAAUCGCAAUGAAGAGUCUGCAACCAAAGCAACACCGGUUGAAAGCUUUCGUGAAAAUACUUACAACGUUAUAAGUGUGACCGACCUCCAGCCGUGGCACAGUCACCCGCAACUAAUUGGUGCCAACGGUGCCAGGAGAUGGGCUCAGGAUGACUCUUCCAAUGGUGUCGAUGGUGGCAGAUUGGGAAAUGGGAAGACACGACUGAAGGUAGCAGUGAAGGAAGUGACAGCAGACAGCCGGGCAGCUGUAACGCAGCAGCAGCUUGUGUGGCUGAGCACCUUCGGCACUCUGACGCUGCUGCUGGCUUUGGCCACUGUUGUUGUGGUGUUAAGGUAUCGGUCGGGUCAUUGCUGCAACAGUCACCACCUCAAAUGUUUGCGGCAGCAGGAGGGGCCAGCCCCCGAGGAGGACAGCAACAUCACUUUUCUACGUACAACAAGUCCCCAACCUAGGAAAGAUCUCUACCUAGACCCAAUCUAAUGGGCCAACAGCCAAGGGCAGCAUCGGCCACAGAGUCGAUGUCAAUCUUUUAACCUUCAUCCCAAACUCUCAAUGUUUUUGCAUCCUUGGGUGAGAUUAAAGCAUUUACAUUUAGGAUGGCUUCAACUUAAGACUCUCUUACCCUGAGCUGAGUUGAGGAAAGUGGAUGGGUGUGGAAGCUUCAUCUGGAGGUCAAAAUAAUGGAAGCGGUGAAUCCAGCAGAAGACUUGUAUUCAACAGAGAAAUGCCCCAAGAGUUCCACCUUCACCGAGAUGGAAAUCAGCACAGGGAGUGUUACUGAGGGGAUUAUUUGUCCAAGAGCCGUUAUGAAUUUUGUGUACAUGAGAUGAUUUGUGACUGAAGUAUGUGGAAUGCACUCUGUAUGGAUCAAAUCUGUGGAACUGAUGCCAGGGCUUCAUUAAUAACUUCUGAUUCACCCUCAAUGUUGCUCGGGCCUCAGCGGCAACAUUUCUGUACGCGCAUACUGUGUCAACUAUGCUGGGAAUGACCAUCAAUAGUUAAAUCUGAAAAUGGACCAGCUAUACAGCUCUAGGUAUUACAAUAAUCAUGUGUAUCUUGGUUUCUGACCUGUCUUUUAUACAACAGAAUCAUAUCUCCAAUGAUGAGGGAUGUCUCUGUGUCUGCCUGUGUUUUGGCUGCUGUGUGUGUUAGAAGUUCAGAACCUCACCACUAAUCCUCUCUUAGGAGAGGAAGAUAUGCCAGGGAACCUCACAGAAUCCUUAAUCGUGAGAAUCUUCAGAAAAGCAGUCAAAUCAGCCUGCUGUGAAAACAGAUGGAUCAUCAAUGCAGAAUCCUCAACAGCCUUUAGCCACUCCCCGGAUGGCAAUGUGAAUUCCAGACGUCCACAGGCCUGCUGGACAUACUGUUACACAACACUGAAACAGGCCCUUCGGCCCACCCUGUCCAUGCCGGGCAUCACAUGCCGACCUUUACUCAUCCCAUUUUCACGCACUUAACCACAACAUUCAAUGCCAUUUAGAACUCAUCAAAAUACUUUUCAAGUGUUGUGAAAAUACCAGCUAUCAGAUCACAAAUAUCUUCAGGGAUUAAACUUUUUUCCCCCUCAAAUCCCCUUCAAAUCUACCAGUAUCUGUAAUCUACCCCUGGUUAUAUUUUGUUCAGGGGAAAUGUUUCUGACUAUCCACCCUGUCUCUGCAUCAUAAUUUUGUACACCUCCAUCAGGUUUCCCUGCUGUCCCCUCUGCUGCAAGGAGACCAGCCAGUCCAGUCUUCCUCAGAGCUGAAAUUCUCCCUGUGAGAGUGGAGCUCAUCGACAAAACGAAUGGGAAUUUAACCUACGCUUUCACUCCAGAGGCAAAGUCAGCUCCAAUCUCUGGCACCAAGCGAUUGUAAGCACCCUUGCCUGGGUAAAAGGGUUCAAAUUAAACUAAUUUGGUGCAUAGAGGUGUUUGGUGGUAGCAUAAAUGCAUGUCCUUUGUCCCAGGGAACAGUGGAUUUAAAUCCUCCCAGAAGCAUUGCAGUGAGCGGUGCAUUUACAAUCCUGGAAGCUAUUCAGAGAUCUCACACCAUGAGCGGUCACUGUAACUGGAUACACUACUGAUGCAGUUGCUAUACCUCCUUUACUGGGCAUUUUGUCAUUACUACACAUCUUUCUCCGGGUAAUAUUUAAUGUUUUGUAUUUCAUUCUCUUGUAGAUAAUUUAUUUUGAGCACUGUUAUAAUGUGAAAAUGAAAUGUUUGGAUUUUGACUAUUUUUGAUACUUGGGGUUUUUGUCCUUAAAGAUUUGAAUAAAGAAAUUAUUUGCACCGAA